ACAGUCAUGAUGUAGUAUCAUAGAGAAACUUCAUGUGUCUGCUGUCAGCUAGACAAGAGUGCACUGAGCUCUUAGAUAAUAAGCCAUUCAAACUGUGGUCUGUGUUGGGACCCAAGAUCUCCAAAGUGAGAAGUUCAAACUACAAUCAAAAAUGCCUGGAAUCGACUUUUACGAUGCAUCCUGAUAACUUUACCAGUUCUAGAGAUCUUGACAAUGGAUGAAGAGCUGGUGCCAAGUCCACCAACGAAUCCACAAACACCAGAGCAAGGGCGGAUCAACCCUGCCAAGGAGAACGCAUGCUUAUCAACACCUACACUUAUUCACAAAAUGAUACUAAUUCUACAGGAUCCGGUCCUGAGAACCACAUGGGGAAGAGGGCCUUGGAAGAAACGGUGGUGAAACAGAUCACAACACAAAACCCUACACUGAUUGAAGAGUGUGUUACAACUGAGGAAGCCCCUGGACACAGAGAGGACUGCGGUGCUGAGGAAAUCAACCAACAGGCCCGGACAUCACACCUCCAGGAGCAACCAGCUGUUGAAGCAAUACUCCUGAAGCCAGAGGACACUGAAAGGCGAUCCUUUAAGGUCCAUUUGGAAGCACUGAAAAUCUUCAGUUACCCAGAAAUCAGAAUCCAGAAGUGACUGUCAGACCCAGAGAACAGUGAUUGAAGACCCAUCUCUUGCCAGCAAUGGUGUGGAAAGCUUAUCUCUGAAGGACAGGAGCAACUGUUGAAGCUGCGGAGCAAAUUUGUGGCUUAUUAUUCUUAUUGUUCCUGUCGUUGACUUGGUGGGAAUCCAUAAUGAGACUGGUUGAUAGACAGGGAGGGACAGAGAGAGGGAAACAUACCUUAAGGGAUGUUGCUGUGGAUUUGUGAGGGGAAGGCUGCAGAAAGUGUGGGCUGGGUUAAACUGGCACUUAAAAGGUGCCUGCUCUGGCUCAGCAGCACAUGAGAAACAGAGGGAGAGGCAGGGGGGGCAGCCUGUCCACUAGAGGGCAAUUUCAUAAACCAGCCAAGAAGCUGUGCACACAUCAGCAAGACUUUUAUUUUCAGACUUCUUUUUUUAACUUUCAUUUCUCUUACCAUUCAGGUUUGAGAGGGAAGAAGCAGAAUGUUUUGGGCAGCAUUAUUACUGCUCAUCCUGGGAGUUUCCCAUGCUUUGCCACCCCACUGGCUCCCUGGGAAUUUUACCUCAGAUGAGGUUGGGGCAGAAAAGUUUGUGAGUGACUACAAUACCACUGCUGAAGAAGUCUUCUUCUAUAGCACAAAUGCCAGCUGGAACUACAACACUAACCUGACUGACCAUAACUCCCAACUACAGAUUGCAGCUUCGCUGGAUGAGCAGACCUUCACAGAGGCCUGGGGAAAGAAAGCUAAGGAGCUCUUCAGUGAUGCUUUGAUGGACAAUUUCACUAACCCCAUGUUGAAUAACCUAAUCAAGAAAAUCAAUGUUCUUGGAGCAGCAAACUUACCCCAGCAGGAACGAGAGACGUACAAUGCCAUUCUUAGCAAAAUGGACAGUAUCUACUCUACUGCCAAAGUAUGUCCUCCGGGUGUGACUGAGAAUUGCUGGUCUCUUGAGCCUGAGCUAACUGACAUCAUGGCAAACUCACGGAGCUAUAAGAAGUUACUCUACGCAUGGGAGGGCUGGCACAACACAUCAGGUGUCCCCCUGAAAAAGUUCUAUCCAGAAUUUGUGGAGCUCAGCAACAAAGCCUCACGCAUGGAUGGCUUUGCAGACACUGGUGACUAUUGGCGUUCAUGGUAUGAGUCACCUACCUUUGAAGAUGACUUGAUGAAACUUUACAAGCAGGUAGAGCCCCUCUACCUGAAUCUACAUGCCUUUGUGCGCCGUAAGCUCUACAAUCACUACGGACCCAAGUACAUCAACCUCAAAGGCCCCAUUCCUGCCCACUUGCUUGGAAACAUGUGGGCACAAACCUGGAACAAUGUAUAUGAUAUGAUGAUCCCCUUCCCAAGUAAACCCAAUGUGGAUGUCACAAAUUCCAUGGUCUCACAGAACUGGAAUGCCACUCGCAUGUUUCGGGUUUCUGAGGAGUUCUUCACCUCCUUGGGCCUUCUGCCCAUGCCCCAGAAAUUCUGGGAUUUAUCCAUGCUUGAAAAGCCUACAGAUGGUCGGGAGGUGGUGUGCCAUGCCUCCGCCUGGGACUUCUACAACCGUGAAGAUUUCAGAAUCAAGCAGUGCACCACUGUGACUAUGGAGCAGCUGUUCACUGUGCACCAUGAGAUGGGCCACAUUGAAUACUACCUCCAGUACAAGGAUCAGCCAGUCAGCUUCCGUCGGGGUGCCAAUCCAGGAUUCCACGAGGCUGUGGGUGAUGUGCUGUCUCUCUCUGUCUCCACACCAAAGCAUCUACAAAAGAUUGGGCUGCUGGAACAGUUGACUAAUGACAACGAGAGUGACAUAAACUACCUGUUGAAGAUGGCCCUAGAAAAGAUUGCCUUCCUGCCAUUUGGGUAUCUUAUCGAUCAAUGGCGUUGGGGAGUUUUCAACAGCAACACACCUCCUGAACGCUACAAUGCAGAAUGGUGGUACCUGAGAACCAAGUACCAGGGAAUCUGUCCACCCACCAAGCGCACAGAGGAGCACUUUGAUGCAGGAGCCAAAUACCACGUACCUGGAAACACACCAUACAUUAGAUACUUUGUGAGCUUCAUCCUGCAAUUCCAGUUCCAUGAAAAACUGUGCGAAGCAGCCAAACAAGAUGGACCGCUACACAGCUGCGACAUCUACCAGUCCAAGGAAGCAGGAAUGAUCCUUGCGAAGGUCCUCCAGGCUGGCUCUUCUAAACCUUGGCCAGAGGUGCUCAUGGAGGCCCUAGGUACCAACAAGAUGGAUGCUCGCCCUCUAAUGAAGUACUUCCAGCCCAUCAUAGAUUGGCUUAAGGAACAGAACAAAAAUGAAACUCUUGGCUGGCCUGACUUUGAGUGGAGGCCACCACUGCCUGAGGGCUACCCGGAAGAUACUGAUAAAAUUUCAGAUGAGGAAAAAGCCAAACAGUUCCUGGAACAGUUUAAUAGCACUGCAGAGAAGGUGUGGAAUGCCUACACUGAGGCAUCCUGGGCCUACAACACAAAUAUCACUGAUACCAAUAAGGAAAUCAUGCUUCAGAAAAGCCUGGAGAUGUCCAACCACACAAAUGCGUAUGGGGUGGAGGCACGAAAAUUUGACCCCACGGACUUCCAGGAUGCAUCAGUAAAGCGAAUACUGAAGAAACUCGGUGACAUUGAAAGGGCGGUGCUUCCAGAGGAAGAGCUAAAGGAGUACAACAACCUACUGGCCAACAUGGAGACCAAGUACAGUGUGGCUGAAGCAUGCAGAGAGGAUGGAACGUGCCACCCUCUGGAUCCCGAUCUCAAUGAGAUCAUGGCUCGGUCCAGGGACUAUGAUGAGCUGCUAUUUGCCUGGGAGGGCUGGCGCAAUGCAUCUGGCAGGAUUCUCCGAGAUGAUUACAAGAAAUAUGUGCAGCUUGCCAACAAGGCUGCCCGGCUUAAUGGCCAUGCUGACAAUGGAGCCUUUUGGCGCUCUCUGUAUGAGACUCCCACAUUUGAACAAGAUCUGGAAAAACUCUGGAAGGAGCUUGAGCCCCUCUACCUUGAUUUGCAUGCUUAUGUUCGUAGAGCUCUCUACAAGAAAUAUGGACCCAGCCGUAUCAACCUGAAGGGGCCAAUCCCUGCUCACCUUUUGGGUAACAUGUGGGCCCAGACCUGGUCAGGUAUAAUGGACCUUGUUGUCCCAUUCCCUGAUGCCACACAGGUAGAUGCCACUCCAGCCAUGAUAGCCAAGGGCUGGGAUGCCACAAAAAUGUUUCAGACAUCAGAUGACUUCUUCACUUCCUUGGGUCUAUUACCCAUGCCCCCUGAAUUUUGGAGCAAGUCUAUGCUGGAGAAGCCAAAUGAUGGGCGCAAGGUGGUAUGCCACGCCUCAGCCUGGGACUUCUACAAUCGCAAGGACUUCAGGAUCAAGCAGUGCACAGUUGUGACCAUGGAUGACCUCAUCACUGUCCACCAUGAGAUGGGCCACGUGCAGUACUUCUUACAGUACAAGGACCAGCACAUCUCCUUCCGGGAUGGUGCCAACCCAGGUUUCCAUGAGGCCAUCGGUGAUGUGCUGGCUCUAUCUGUUUCUACUCCCAAGCAUCUCAACAGCAUUGGCUUGCUGGACAAAGUGGAGAGCAACAGUGAGAGUGACAUUAACUACCUGAUCAGCGUCGCCUUGGACAAGAUUGCGUUCCUUCCCUUUGGUUACUUGAUGGACCAGUGGAGGUGGAAGGUGUUUGAUGGGCGAAUCUCUGAAAAUGAAUACAACAAAGAGUGGUGGAAUCUCAGACUGAAGUACCAAGGAUUGUGCCCACCAGUGGCCCGCAGUGAGAAAGACUUUGACCCUGGUGCCAAGUUCCAUAUACCUGCCAAUGUCCCUUAUGUCAGGUACUUUGUCAGCUUCAUAAUCCAGUUCCAGUUCCACCAAGCUCUGUGCAAUGCAGCCAAUCAUGUAGGUCCACUCCAUACCUGUGACAUCUACAAGUCAGAGGCUGCAGGGAAACUACUUGGUGAUGUGAUGAAGCUGGGCUUUAGCAAACCAUGGCCAGAGGCCAUGGCCAUGAUCACAGGUCAGCCUCACAUGUCUGCCCUGCCAUUGAUGGAGUACUUUAAGCCUCUCAGCACCUGGUUGAAAGAGGAGAACAAAAGGAAUCAAGAAGAGCUGGGCUGGCCUGAUUAUGACUGGGAACCACAGAGUAAGGUGGACGUGGUGGAUUUCCUAGGGAUGAGUGUGGACAGCACAGGAGCUGCAGCAGGACAGUGGAUCCUGCUGGUACUGGGACUGGUGUUUCUGGUCACCACAAUUUACUUGGGCUACAAUUACAGAAAAUCAAAGAAACGUGGGAAGUCAUCCUCUACAAUGGAAUUGAAAUAAGGGGCUUAGUGAGAUCCAUCUGAUUCUCUACUCAUUCAAUGCUUCAGUGAAUGGUUUAAUGUGUUUGGUUUUGCUCAAAUCUGUCCAUAACAUUAUUCUUGAUUUUUAUACAAUUAUGUGAAAACUGUGUAAUUAUGCAAAGAAGCAG